AUGAAGCUGCAGCCUCUGCUUAUCUCUAGGGCAUGGAUGAAAAGCCCCGGGGUCUUGCUCCAUCCACUCUGCAUGUAUCUGAACCCAGGGUUCUCGGUGCUACUCACGCCGGGCCGCCGCCGACAGCGAAGCCCCCCCCCUCGCAUCCGCGGCUGGGGCAAACCGGAUUUCGGAAGUGGUCCAGGCCAGACGAGGAACUUCGGGGUGGGCUUUGCACGCCUCAGUCGGCGGCCUCCCAGGCCCGGGUUCGAAACCUCCACCUGCUUCCGGAGCCCGGCACGCCUCCUCCUGACAGCCCUCCAGGUGGCGCACGGCCCGAAGGAGGAGUCCGGGUUUGGCACUGGGCUCUCCGGAGUGCCGCGCCCCUCGCUGGUGGCCGAGCGCUUGUGUCUCUCUGGGUGGCCGAAUCCCCCUGGUGUGGCCAAGGGACCCACGUGGCGUUCGGGGAAGCUCCGCGGCGACCCACAGGCCACCAAGACAGAGUGGGCGCCACCGGGGCGGGCCAACUUAAAUCCAUUUCUUGUUCCUCCAGGCCUCCUGCCAAUGCUCAAAACACUUCCCCCGCCAGUUUCACACCCCGGGGCCCCGAGACUGGCGACAGGGCAGGUGGCUGCGCCCCGGAAGCAAGCCACGCGGCGCCGACGAAAGCGCACAAGUCCGGCGCGAACAGAAACGGAAAGCACAGCGUGGCUAGAAAAAGCCUCCGGCACGCACCCCGAACGCCUUAGGUCAAGUGUUUUGAUCAGCGGCAUUCUUGCAAGCUGCUCUCGGAGAACCAACCGACGGGAGAAAAAUAAAUAAAUAAAAAUUUCUUUCCUCUCAUCUGCGAUCUCUUAUCUAAAGCAAAU